GGCGAGCAUUUGUCGUGUGUCGUCUGCUUGCCCUAUACGCGCGUCAUGUCGCAGUGCUUGGUGGCCCAGCAGGGCGCCCAGCAGGGCUCGGGGCCCCCAGCAGCUGGUCCGCGGGUCAGCAGGGCGGUGGCAGGGGCUUACACUCGGCGCGAUGGGGACCCGGAGGCGGAGAAUCUGUUCGUCCAGAUGGGCGAGUACGUCCUGCGCUUCGAGAGCGAGGACUUCGGCAAGGAGUACGAGGAGCGGGCGCGCCUGGAGCUGAGGGAGACGCCGGAGUCAACCAAGGAGGCCUGCGAGAAGCUGAGAGAAAUCCUUAAAGCCGACGCGGAGCUUGACGUGCCGUACGAGGAGGAGAACUUCCUGGUGACGUUCUUGAGGCCGACGCACUUCUACCCGGAGAGCGCUUACGAGCGGAUGCAGAACUUCUUCAAGUUCAAGGUGAAGUACCCCAAGUACUGCGCCAACCUGAUCCCGAGUCGGGAGCGGAACGUCUUCGAGCAGGGCAUCCUCACCGUCUUCCCCAACAGGGACCACCUCGGCCGACGAGUGCUGCUCAUCGAGGCCGGCAAGAAAUGGAAGCCCAAGCUGUGCUCCCUGGACGAGAUCUUCAAGGGCGUGAUGCUGGUGCUGGAGGCGGCCAUCUCCGAGCCGCGGACGCAGGUGUGCGGCGUGCAGGUCAUCCUGGACAUGGACGGUCUCGCCCUCACGCACGUGUGGCAGUUCACUCCGGGCUUCGCCAAGGCCGUCGUGGAGUGGGUGCAGGAUUGCAUCCCAGUUCGACUGAAGGGUGUUCACAUUAUUAAUCAGCCCUACGUGUUCAAUAUGGUGUUUGCCAUCUUUAAACCACUGCUCAACGCCAAGUUACGAAAUAGGAUUCAUUUCCAUGGCACUGACCGGCAGUCCCUUCUCAAUCAUGUAGAUGCAAAAUGCUUGCCCAAGACCUAUGGUGGGGAAGUGAAUAUUCCAGAGUUUCCUGGAGGAAAGCUAUGUGAUCUCCUUUCCAAUUAUGAUUCCCACUAUGAGAUGCGGAAUCAAAAUGGCUACAGCAAGAAGACUUAGGUGAUGAGAAGAAAUAUUUUUUUACUUUGAUACAUUGGUAACAUCAUUUUAAAGCGCUAUUGCCCUUGGAGCAGCAGAAUGUAGCGGGGUACUAUGACGCCAAUGUCUUUUAAGCUAGUUACAAAUCAUUUCUGCACGUGAAGUUAAGUCAUUCUUUAUUUUAUAAAAUUGUUAUUUUAAAUUUACUUUAACUGCCUGUUUGCCUUUUAUCUACCCUGGCAGAAAAGAAAUCCUGUACAAAUGUUACGAUUAACUUGCCAUGAUUUUCUCCACCGCAUCAGUACUGUACAAAGUAAAGAGGCUCAUUUAUAAAAAUUACAGCGAUGAUUUCUCUCUCUCUUUUUUUUUUUUACAUUGUAUAUACAGUUUUAUUCUCAUAUACUCUUACAUUAUUAUUAUUGUUAUGAUAUAAUGAUCCUUUGGUUGUUUUAAUCAAGGCGUUUUUCAUUUCAUAUUACUGUGGCUGUGAAAACAUAAUUGAUUAAUUGCCGUAGAUUUGCCUGAUUGUAAUUAUUAUUGUCCCUCAAAUGUUGCUAUACCAUCCAUUCGUUCUUGGGGAAAUGUCCUUCAGGUGUUUAUUAUUAACAAGAACACCAUUAUUAAUAAAAAAACAAUACCAUAUCA